CCCUCCAACAGCUGUACGGAGAAACUGCUGCCCGUCAGUCUGACUGAGGACGCACUUUACGCAGGGAGCUCGUUUAACCGAAGGCGCUGGAAGAAAGAAGAGUUUACACACAUCAGACGUAUGAGACAGGGCAUGAUGGUGCGGGCCAAGCUGAGGGUGUAGCCACAUCUGGCAGAGAUCGCUGAAGAGAGCAGGAGCCUCAGUACACCAGACCAUCUACAGCAGCUGGGAAAAUGGGAGAGACAGAGGAGGAAAGGGACAAUGUGGGGAAGCUGUUUGAGAACUUCAUCCAGGCUUCAACGUGCAAAGGAACCCUUCAGGCCUUUAACGUCCUCUGCAGAUGUCUGAACCUCGACCCCGUGGAGCACAGCACCUUCUACAACAGUCUGAAAACAAAGGUUACCUCCUGGAAGGCCAAAGCACUUUGGAGUAAGCUGGACAAGAGGAUGUCCCAUAAGGACUACAAAAAAGGCCAGGCCUGUGUGGGCACCAAGUGCCUCAUCAUUGGAGGAGGUCCCUGCGGCUUGCGGACUGCCAUUGAACUUGCUCUACUUGGUGCCAAAGUGGUGGUGAUUGAGAAGAGGGACUCUUUUUCCAGGCACAACGUGCUGCAUCUUUGGCCCUAUACCAUUCAUGACCUCCGGGGCCUUGGGGCCAAAAAGUUCUACGGAAAAUUCUGUGCCGGAGCCAUUGACCACAUCAGCAUUCAGCAGCUGCAGCUGAUCUUACUGAAAGUUGCCCUCAUUGUUGCUGUUGAGUUUCACAUCAAUGUGGAGUUUGUCAACCUGUGGGAACCUCAGGAAAAUGAAGGGGUUGGGUGGAGGGCUGCAAUCCGACCUGCUGAUCACCCUGUGGCUAACUUUGAGUUUGAUGUUGUGGUGGGGGCUGACGGACGCAGGAAUACCCUGGAAGGUUUCAAAAGGAAGGAGUUCAGGGGUAAACUGGCAAUUGCUAUCACAGCCAACUUCAUCAACAGGAACACCACCGCAGAGGCCAAAGUUGAAGAGAUCAGCGGAGUGGCUUUCAUCUUCAACCAGAAGUUCUUUCUUGACCUAAAAGAGGAGACAGGUAUCGAUCUGGAGAACAUUGUGUACUACAAGGACAACACACAUUACUUUGUCAUGACUGCCAAGAAACAAAGCCUGCUGGACAAGGGAGUUGUCAUCAAUGAUUACUCAGACACAGAGAUGCUGCUGAGCAGUGAGAACGUCAACCAGGAAGCUCUUCUGUGCUAUGCCCGAGAGGCUGCUGACUUUGGCACCAACUACCAACUUCCCACGCUGGACUUUGCCAUGAACCACUGCGGGCAGCCAGAUGUUGCAAUGUUUGACUUCACAAAUAUGUACGCGUCUGAGAAUGCCGCCCUGGUCAGAGAGAGAUUUGGACACCAGCUGCUGGUGGCGCUGGUUGGUGACAGUCUGUUAGAGCCUUUCUGGCCAAUGGGAACGGGCUGUGCCAGAGGCUUCCUGGCUGCCUUUGACACGGCCUGGAUGGUAAAGAGCUGGGCGCAGGGUCGGCCAGUCCUUGAAGUGCUGGCAGAGAGGGAGAGUAUUUACCGACUACUACCACAGACAACCCCUGAAAACAUUGCCAAAAACUUUGAACAGUACACCAUAGACCCAGCGACACGAUACCCCAACCUCAACUCUACCUGCGUCAGGCUUCACCAGGUGCGCCAUUUGUACAUUAGUGGACAGCUUAACCCCUGCUCUCUUGAGCGUGCUGCUACCAUACGACGACCUGUCAAUCUCUGCAGACGAGAGUCGGAGAUCAGACCAGCGAGGCUUCUCACUUGGUGCCAGAAGCAGACAGAGGACUACAGGAAUGUCAUAAUCACAGACCUGACGUCUUCUUGGAAAAACGGCAUCGCUCUCUGUGCCCUCAUCCACAGGUUCAAGCCUCAGCUGAUAGAUUUUGACUCAUUAAAUGAGGAGGACCAUGUUGCAAACCUCCAGCUGGCUUUUGACAUCAGUGAGCGGGAAUUUGGGAUUCGUCCAUUCACAUCUGCCAAGGAGCUGAGUGAAGAGGAGGAGCUGGAUAAAACCAAGAUGAUCAACUACCUGUCCAAGUUCUACGAGCUCUUCCGUGGCACGCCUCUACCUGCAUCAGGUUCCAGAGGAGUGGAUGAAAACAAUGAAGAUUAUCCAUCGAAGGAAGUCAGAAGUAAUAAUAAUGUGCUCAAUCUUGCACUGACCAGGAAACGAGUGCCAAAGGAAGAGAAGAAGUUAGACGGUACAGACCCCAUUUACAAACGAAGGCGAAAGUUCUGCUAUUUGGAGGAGGCCACUAAUCUGUCCAGUAAUGGCUCCUCAAUACGAGACAGGCUGGAUCCAAAGGAAAAUAAAGUGCGUUCUAUGGCUACGCAGCUGUUGGCCAAGUUUGAAAAUACACCCAACUACACUGUCCGCAAAACACAGUCAGACUGCGAGGAGUCCUCAUUCCUCUGUACUCUCCACCUGACUGACAGUCUCCCCGUUAAACUCAGACCUCCGGUCCCACCCAGAACUCCUCCUGUGACACAGUUUGAAGUCAGUAUCAGAAAAGCAGCACAACAGUUAGUCCACCUGCCUCCAAAGACUCUGCCCAAACCCCAGGUCCAGCUUCAACCCCCACAUCCAUUUUCUGUAGUGAAGCUCAGACAUGUCGAUCUAACGCAUGCUGAGACAAAGCCUCAGCUGGAGGGUGCAGACCCUCCUCCUGCUUGUCCUCCCUCCUGCCAGUCAGCAAUCCAUUUCAUGACAAGAAUCCUCCAUCGCCUCAAGGAGGUGGACGAACACAUCUCUGAGAAAAAAGCUCAGUCCCAACAGGUUAGAGAGUUUCAUGCAAAGAGUAUAAAGGAAAAAGCCGUCCACCUUAGUGGGCUGUUCUCAGCAAACAGCUCUGCUGUACUUCAGGGCGGCUCAGUACGAAGGGCAUUUACCCCAUCGGGAGACAAGUGUCACUUGUGUGAGAAGCGUGUUUAUAUGGUGGAGAGAAUCUGUGCCGAGGGGCUCUACUUCCACAGGGAGUGUUUUCGCUGUUCGACCUGCAGCUCUGUUCUGCGACAGGGAGCACAUGCUUUCCACUCUGAAGAGGGGAAACUCUACUGCAAACUUCAUUUCGAUCAACGUAACAGUGGGACUAGCGUACGGAGGACUUACUCUCUACCCUCAGUGAGACCUAAUCGUGAUGGGAUCCGGGAGCGACGUCCUACUGAUGAAGAAAUCACCCGCUCCAGCAGUCCAGCAGAUCUGCAGAGUCAAGCUGCAGCAGGUACCUUCAGCUCGUUCAUAAGGAAACAGCUGAGCUGGCCUCUGAGUGUGACUCGUGCUGUGUGUAACGCCCCCCGGUGUCUGUCCCAGCGUGCACGUAAUGCAGCACAGGCCUUCGCCGGCCACCUGAGGGACAACGCCCAGGACUAUAUGUUGCUGUAUGAGCUACUGAGCAUGAGCUUGCCCCUGCUGUUUGUUUUACAAGAAGUACUGGUGCAGAUGUACACAGAGGCUGUGCCUGAUGGGCCGAGCUCUUUACAGCCUUUACUGCUGUGGCUGCAGGAGCAUAUCGGGCAGAGGAUAAUCUAGACUCUCAGCUGUGAAUAUUUCACCCUCAACAUUAAAUCAGAGGCUGAGGAGUACAGUAGCUGCAAUAUCCUCAAUAUUACCAUUUUGUAAAUGCGCACAAGCACCUUCCCGAUGUUUAUUUACUUUUCAUGAUGACACUGUAGGUAGAUGUGUGGAUGUGCUGGAUGUGCGCCAGCCAAAGAUGACACACUGCUUAUGCAGAUUUUUUUUCACUUUACUUUUAGCAGUUUACUUUGGGACGGUUUGUUGUGCAAAGAAAGCGGCACCAAAUAAUUCUGCAGUGGGUUUGAUGUGUAAACUUUUAUAAUAUGUUGGACACAUACUUUAAGGAUGUAAUAUGCAAGUAAGCCAAAAGGCUACAGUCAGAAGACUGGAGAUUUUAGACUCCUUCUGUAGAAUUUAACCUUUAACAAUCUGCCUCAUAAAAUUGGUCCUGCAGAUAACCGGGAUCACGACUGACUGACUUGAUGCACUUUAACUUUGAGAACUGCCUUAUCAAUGUAGCUGCGAACUGUUAUGUUUAACAAAAGCCUGUUCUCAUAUUAACAGUGACUGCAAGGCAGGUUUUCAUUUGACUAUGCAUAUGUGCUAUAGAAAUUCUUGAUAUGUUUGCAGAUAUAUCUUUUAACAGUCAGACAACAAUUUGUUUAUUAUCAAUAUAUAAAAUGAAUUCUCUGUUUACUCUCGUGAACUAUUUGUUUUGUGUGUGGAUAACACCAAAGAAUAUCUGACACUGUGGACUGUCCUAAAUACUGGAAAGUAUUUAGUUAAACUUUGCUGCCAUCUGCUGUUCACUCAGAAAACAAAGCAAAACAAACAAACAAACAAACAAUGAAAUGUGGAAACUAUGGAAAAGAUACUCCACCCCUUGAAACAGACAUGUAUCAAUUAUAUUUAAAAUGACAGAACAGCUUAAUAAUUCUAUUUGGUCUAAAUGAGAAAAACAGGAAGCACAGGGUCAGCAGCAGAGGGUGGCUCCACCGGAACGGAGAGAUUUUCCGUUUUGCUGUAGACAAUAGAAGCGGUGAGCAUGCUGUAAUGUGUUUGAAUGUGCUUGCCAUUCUUGCCAUAAUUUUAAAGCACGCUGUUGAAAGAUCAACCGUAAACCUCUUUGACUAGAAGCCACACAGUCACCUAUUAUUAUGACAGACAAUCUAUGGAGUAGAUUGAAUAUUUUGUUUAAGAAUUCAAGAAACGUCAGGCAUUACUUUUAAGUGUUCGAUGACACGAUGUUUGUGUUUUGCUGUGUGCUGCCUUAUAUUUUGUGCCGCAUGUGAUAAACUGAAUGUCUCAUUUUCAGUGCUGUGUGAGUGGAAAGCUUUUUUUGGUAAAUACCAAAGAACACUUUUCAUGCAAACUAACUGGACUUAUGUCUGUUUAGCAAGAUGAGUCAUGCAAACUGUAAUAUGUACAAUGGUGCCAGCAUCAACUACGAAUGUCAGUAUUGUGCGUCAUUUUCAUAAACAUUUUCUAUCUUUCUGCA